AGGCAUCGCAUGGAGCUGGAAGAGCCUCUCAUCAAUGUGAACUGUGAACAUCUAUUGCGCGCACAGAUUCAUGGGCCGGCAACGACGCUGCACCGUGCUCGAGCCCGUUUUAGAGGCCCAUCCUCAGCCACCAUGGAAGCUUGGGCGGAUCCGUCAAAGAACGACGCGAUCAGAACGAGGACGGCCGCACGAGCAAAGUGGUAUCCUGUAGCUUGUAUGCUGAACUCCAGUGGCGACGGUGCGCCUCCCUCCUCCUCUUGUGCGCCUUCGUCACUAGAAACAGGGGAUCGCUACACUUACAUCACUUCAAUGAGCUCUACAGAGCAGUUAAUAAAAGCUGAGAUUGUAGUCACAACUCCACCAUCUGCAGCACAAUCAUCUCCAAGAGGAUGAUAGCAAGUGUCCAUUCCACCAGAAUGCCACAAGAACCAUGCACAACUACUCCUAUGAAGGCAGUUCUCAGCUUCUGUCUGUAGUCCUUCGAAGAACAUCUCCUCUGCCUCCUGCAUCACUGCGCAUCUGAAGCAAUGAUCCGCCCUAGAUUUUUCCGUGACCAAUAACAUUAGAGAUCAAGAGCAGUAGGGAGUCCAGUGAUGUUGCUCUUCACCUGUCAACAUCCUUCUCAUGCUGGUACGAGAGCUGCGGGAAGUGACGGGGUAUGAUCCCGUUACAGCAUGAUCGUUAUUACAGAUGACAAGGGGGUACAACGCCAUGUAACAGAGCAUUUAUGUAUCAUUAUAACGGCCGGUAUUUUGGACGGUUCUUUUCUUGAGCGGUUACACUGACUCCCGACCGGCCCUUGUUUGGCUUGUCAUGGGUUCGACUGUCUUCUCCGUUGCUCGUCUCCUGAGAAGAGCCCUCCAAAUCCGUCUGCGGUGCUCAGGAUCGCCGCUCGCCGCUGGGUCAAGCAGGCAUUUCUGCACCGCGAGAGCUCCUCGAACGACGCUGCAGUCCAUGAUAUGGCCGCUAGGCCUCCCCAGCGUCAGCCUCGAGCCGGAGCUCGACCGCUGGGUCGCGAGGGGCCACCGCGUCCGCCUCGUCGAGCUGCAGCACGUGAUACGAGAGCUUCGCAAGCGUCGUAGGUACAAGCAGGCUCUUGAGGUUUCUGAGUGGAUGAAAGGCAAGCAGAAAAUACAGUUCAUGUCCAGUGACCAUGCUGUGCAUUUGGAUCUAAUUGGUCAAGUCCAUGGACUCUCAUCUGCUGAAAGCUACUUUAAUAACAUGCGUGAAAAUGACAAAAAUGAAAAAACCUAUGGGGCACUCUUGAACUGUUAUGUGAGAGAACGGCUGGUAGAGAAAUCUUUGUCGCAUAUUCAGAAGAUGAAGGAACUUGGAUUAGUAUCCUCUCCUUUGCCAUAUAAUGACAUCAUGUGCCUGUACACAAAUACUGGCCAGCAUGAAAAGGUUCCCUCAGUGCUAGAAGAUAUGAAAACUAAUGGUGUCCUACCUGAUAAUUUCAGCUACAGGAUUUGCAUCAAUUCUUAUGGUACAAUGUCUGAUAUUAAUGGCAUGGAGAUGAUCCUAGAGGAGAUGGAGCACCAGCCACAAAUUGUUGUCGAUUGGAACACCUAUUCGGUGGUUGCAAACAUCUACAUAAAAGCAAGUAUCACCGACAAGGCUUCGUCUGCACUAAAAAAAGCAGAAGAGAAACUUGAUAAAAGGAAUGCACUCGGCUACAAUCAUCUUAUCUCCCUCUACAGCCAACUUGGAAACAAAUCUGAGAUGCAGAGGUUAUGGGAACUUCAGAAAGUGAACUGUAAGAAGUUUAUCAACAAAGAUUACACCACUAUGCUUGGAGGACUGGUAAAGCUUGGUGAGGUGGAAGAAGCAGAAGUUUUGAUGAAAGAAUGGGAAUCAAGUGGGAAUGCAUUAGAUUGGCGUGUCCCAAAUGUUCUUCUAGUUGGUUACAAAAAAAUGGGGUUGCUAGAAAAGGCUGAGGCCACACUCGAUGACUUCUUGAAGAAAGGUAAAACUCCUGCAGCAAGCAGCUGGGGGAUUGUGGCUACAGGUUAUGCAGAAAAGGACAUGAUGGAUAAGGCAUAUGAACUUAUGAAAAAUGCUCUUUGUGUUUAUAUUUCAAGUGCAGGGUGGGAACCAAAUCCAACUAUUGUCAAAAGCAUCUUGCAUUAUCUUGGUGACAACAGUCAAAGCAAGGAUGUAGAGACUUUCAUCCAACUACUAAAAUUUGCAAUGCCAAUAGAUAGAGACAUGUAUCACACUUUAAUUAAGACCUAUAUUAGAGAAGGGAAGGAGGUGAGUGAACUUAUGCAGAGAAUGAAAUCUGAUGGAAUUAAAGAAAAUGAAGAGACAAAGAAGAUUCUGGACAGUGCAAGCAAGCAUUCUCCGUCUCAUUCAUAACAAGUGCUUGUAUUGCUGUCUCCUCUCUUUAUGGAAGAUGUUUCAACCGAGGGCAGCCUAAUGUCUUAAGUGCAACAAUUGAAGAUUUUAUGGGUUACAAGACAGCCCAAUGUAUGAGGCUCCAACAGAGUGCAGUUGGGGAGGACUACAUGUACACAUUUUUUUAUGAAGCCAAGUAAUUAUAAGGCCACCAUUUGGAAUAGGCAUGGCACCAAGCUACAUAUAUAGUGUGUCUAAACAAUGUCUGAAAAGCCCCAACUUACAUGGACUUAGUUGUAGUACAAGUUGAAUGGCCCACUCUCUCAAUGUGUAAUGUUGUAAGGGAAGAUUAAGAAUGCAUGAUGACAGUUCUAGGAGUUGGACAGUUCACAAUUGAUGUUGAUAUCUAUAGGGAACAAAAAAAAAGGAAAGUAACAAAGAUAGAAGUACAUUGUCAUUUUUAAUGUAGUGACAAUAUGGGAAA